AUGGGUUUAGAAAAUGGAACGCAUCAAACGAAAAACGAGGAAAAUAAUUUCCCACCUCAAACCACCGUUAGGAAACCCGAUACAGUUUUUUUGUACUUUUGCGUUAUGACUGGUCAGUUAGUCACAAUGGCUUCCGGAGCAUCGAUGACAUGGACUUCCCCGGUUCUAGGAAAAUUAUAUUCGAACAACACCGACAUAAAUCCAAUGGGUAGACCAAUAACAUCCGUAGAAGUAUAGUUAUUAGCGAGCAUGCCAACGUUCACAAACAUCAUCGGGAUGCUUUUGAUGCCUAAAAUAUCGGACAUAGUCGGCAGGAAACGAUACCUGUUGAUUUCAGGCGUCGUGACGCUCCUGUCGGGCGUAGGUUUAGGCUUCAGCGGUGCAAGUUUAGUGUUAAUGAUCGUAACGAGGUGCAUCUUCAGCUUCUCCGCGGGCUGGGUGGUUUUCUCGCUGUAUCUCAUGGAGAUCUGCGAGGAUCACAACCGAGGGAAGUUCGGCUGUUAUCUCGGAAUUUUCAAUCAAUUGGGCAACCUGCUUGGUUUCGUUUUCGGUCCGUUUUUCAGCGUGAAAACGUACAGUUUCAUCAUAACCUCGCCUAUGUUGGUUUUCGUCGUUUUCUUCGCGAUAAUGCCGGAAUCGCCCGUGUACUUGCUGAGGCUCGGCAGGGAAAACGAAUGCAAAAAAGCCUUGUGGAAAUUGAGAAGCAACAAAACCGAGGAAGAGAUCGAAUCGGACGUGAAGAGGUUGAAGGAGAGCAUGCAAAACGAACGGAAAGGAACAAUCGCGGAGUUGUUCAAAAAACGGGAGUACAUCCUGGCGGUGGUUUUGAGUUUCUUGCCGGAUUUGGUGAAAUACAGUUCGGGCGUAACUGUUAUAUUCACGUUUCUAGCGCCCUAUUUCGACGAAGCGAACACCAGCCUAUCAGGCGAUAUCGUAGCGAUUAUAAUCGCUGUUGUAAAAAUACUAUUUUUUGUAUUAGCUUCGUUUAUAGUGGAGAGAUUCGGCCGGAGGAAAUUGCUGAUUUUUUCUUCAACUGGAACCGCCAUACCUCUAUUCGCAGCGGGAGUCUACUUCUAUUUGCAAACCAUCAAUUCUUCGUUGAUAGCCUAUCUCCAAUGGCUUCCUUUGACGAGCCUUUUGUUCACAGUCAGCCUGUUUGGAAUUGGUUUAGGGCCGGUUACGCAGGCUUGGGUGUCGGAAUUGCCGCCGGCCGAAAUCAGGGCGGUUUCGGUGUCGCUGGUGCAUUCUGUGGGGAGUUUCGUUGCAUUUGCUUUGACGUUUUUGUAUCCCAUUGUGACGGAAUCGUUGGGGAUCGAAUGGUGCGUGUGGUGGUUCUGCGUGAAUUGCUCGAUCGGAUCGGUUUUGAUGUAUUUGUUUUUGCCGGAGACCAACGGGAAGAGUUUCGAUGAGAUAAAGGAAAUGUUGGAGAAUUAUUCGAAGAUUCGAAUAAAGUAG